GCAAAAUUCCUUCUCGCCAGUUUACUUUUCUUGUUGACAAUGCCGCGAGUCUUCUUUAUCACAGGGUCUUCCACUGGCAUCGGUGCGAGCCUUGUGCAGCACGUUCUUGACGCCGGUGAUCACGUAUUUGCGACGGCUCGGAACCCCUCGACCUUGCAAUUCACGAACGCCAACGAGAAAAAUUUCGGGGCUGGAAGGCUAGAUCUCGAAGAUCCGGCCUCUAUUACCUCCAGCCUCACAGCUGCGAUAGCAAAAUUUGGACGCGUAGAUGUUGUCAUCAACAAUGGUGGCUUUGGUCUCAGCGGUCCUUUUGAGGAUCUGUCUGAAACUGACAUCAGUCGCCAGAUGAAUGUGAAUUUCACUGGCUUGUUGCUUUGCACCAAAGCAGCCAUGAAAGCCAUGCGUCAGCAGGAGCCUAAGGGAGGUCUUAUCAUGCAAGUGACAAGCAUCGGGGGGAGGAUUGGCUUCCCUUGGAUGUCCAUGUACAGUGCAUCCAAGUUCGCCAUAGAGGGAUUUACAGAGGCUGUUAGCCAGGAAGUAGAUCCUGCGUGGGGAAUCAAUUUUACCUGCAUCGAGCCAGGCGGAUUCCGGACCGAUUUCUUCACCCGCUCAAUGACCUACACCAACCCCGACACUACCGCAUAUGACAUGGCAAAAGUCAAGGCAGAUUUGGAAUCGAUUCAUAAAGCUCAGCUUGGCAUCCCCGCGAAGGGCGCCAAAGCUAUCUAUGAGGUUUCUAGAAUGGAACAGCCACCCAAGAAACUGAUCCUGGGCAGCGACGCGUACAACUGGCUGGACGGAUGGCUUACAGAGCUACAGAAAGAUUUGCACGCCAAUAAAGAAAUAAGUCUCAGCACUGAUGCAGACGAUACAAUUGACAAGUAGGGUGUUGCGCAAACGAUAGGAAUCGUUGGGGGUUAGCUAUCUAUUGUAGAAAUCCGAAACAAUCACCACAGCAAAACUUUGUACAAUCUUUGCAUACAAGAUCCGCAGGAGAACGUUUGUAAUUUAC